UAACGGGACCUUCUUCCUUCCACCCUCUUAACCAGCAUCUGUCCCACGAAAUGUCGAGCGCCAGACCAGAUUUGAAGUUCUCAGAUUCCUCUGAUGAGAGAAACUUCUACAAGAAGUUCACUCAGUUACCGCCAAAGCCAAACCCCGAUGCCACCUUACGAAUCAUCGACAACAGAGACUAUUACAUUCUCAUUGAAGAAGACGCGAUUGCUGUGGCGGAAACGAUCUACAAAACCUUAGCCGUUAUCAAAACAUCCACGAGCUUCGGCAAGACAUACAAGUACCUUACCUUGUCGCCGGCGGUUUUGGCCAACGUGUUAAAGAUCUUUGUGGUGGCGAUGAACUUCAAGGUUGAAAUCUACGACAAAAACAACCAGUUUUCUAUGAUUCAUCUCAUCACCCCAGGGAAUUACUUGGAAAGCAUUGAAGAUUUGAACAUUGCGGGCGCCGCCGUGACGGCUGAUGACGUCUCUGUCUCCGCUGCUGCGCCUAUCACCGCUGCCUUGAAGUACAGGACCAACGCUAAGGAUGGCUCGCUCAACUUUGGGGUGUGCUUCAUCGACUUGUUUAACAAAGAGAUCGGGCUCUGCGAGUUCAUCGACAACGAACACUUCGGGAACUUGGAGUCAUGCUUGUUGCAGCUAGGUGUGAAGGAGUGCAUCGUGCAGGCUGCCAAGGACGAUCUCUCUGCGAAGUUGAGGCAGGUGAUUGACAGAAUUGGGAUUGUCAUCUCUGAAAGCAGCGCUAGAACGUCUACAGACGAUGGCUCGAUCGAAUCGGACUUGCUCAAGUUGGUGGACGAAGAGUACCACGGUGUGGUAGUUACUGCGAACGGGAAGAACCAGCAGGACACACUGAGACUCGCCUUCCACGCGUCGCACCUCCUCAUGAGUUACUUGAACUUGUUAAACAGCGAUGCCAACCAGGGGAUCUACAAACUCUUUCAGCACAACUUGUCGAGCUUUGUGAAGUUGGAUUCGUCAACGGUCAAAGCGUUAAACAUUUUUCCUAAUCCCUCCACCGCGUCGUCCAGCCCCGCCACUUCUUCCUUGUUUGGACUCUUGAACAAGUGCAAGUCUAUGGCUGGCAGCCGGUUGUUGUCCACCUGGUUGAAGCAGCCGUUGACCAACGUCCGUGAGAUUAACGAAAGAUUGAACUUGGUGGAGACGUUGAUCAACGACCAGCAACUCCUUCUCAGCUUGGUGAAUGACAAUUUGAGCAUGGUUCCUGACUUGAAAAAGAUCAUCAAGAAGAUUCUCGCCGCCACCGAAAUGUAUGGCAACAACUCCCGCGCGCGAGCCACAUUGGAAGAUGUGGUCCGAAUCUACCAGUUGAUCAUCAAAUUGCCCGACUUCUUGGCCACGCUUGAGUACGGCGUGGGGGAUGUGGACGCCAAUAACGAGACCGAAACCGAGGCCAAGAAGGACUUGGUACAGCGUUUCUGGAUGGCCCCCUUGACAGAGUGCAACCUGCACUUGGUAAAAUUGCAGGAGUUGAUCGAAACAACGAUUGACUUGGAGGCGUUGGACAACCACGAAUUCAUCAUCAAGCCUGAGUUUGAUGACGAAUUGUUGACCAUCAGAGACCAGAUCCAGCAGGUGAACAACGAAAUCGCCCAAAUUCAUAGCCAGGCUGCAGAUGACUUGAAUAUCGACGGCGCCAAGUUGAAGUUGGACAGCCACCAGCAGCAUGGCUGGUGCUUGCGCUUAACGCGAAUCGACUCCGCCGUGUUGAGAAAGUCGUCUGCCAAAUUCAUCGAGCUCCAGACGAUCAAGGCCGGUGUUUUCUUCACCAACAAGGAGUUGAAGGCCAAGUCUGAGGAGUACAGGGUCUUGAAUGCGGACUAUGAAGCGAAGCAGUCGGUUUUGGUCAAGGAAAUCAUCGGCAUCACCGCUUCCUACACCCCCAUCUUGAACAAACUUUCGGAGGUUUUGGCUCAUUUGGAUGUCAUCUGCGCGUUUGCCAACGUCUCCACCACCGUCGCCCCGAUUCCGUACGUCAAGCCUACCAUCACUACGUUUGCCUCGGAUGCCGACGCCAAGGUGGUCUUGAAGGACUCCAGACACCCGUUGUUGGAGCUCCAGGAUGACGUCUCCUUUAUUGCCAACGACAUCGAGCUCGUUAGAGAUGAACAGGACUUUCUUAUCAUUACCGGGCCCAACAUGGGGGGCAAGUCGACUUACAUCCGCCAGUUGGGCUGCAUCUCGCUUUUAGCACAGUGUGGCUGCUUCGUGCCGUGUUCCAGCGCCGAAUUGAGCAUCUUCGACUGCAUCUUAUCGCGUGUGGGCGCCUCCGACUCGCAAUUGAAGGGAUUGUCCACCUUCAUGGCGGAAAUGCUCGAGACGUCUAACAUUUUGAGACAGGCUACGGCUAAUUCAUUGAUAAUUAUCGAUGAGUUGGGCAGAGGUACGUCGACCUACGAUGGGUUUGGUUUGGCGUACGCCAUUUCGGAGCAUAUCGCCACUACUUUACGAUGCUUCACGUUGUUUGCGACGCAUUUCCACGAGUUGACCGCGUUGUCUACGAAGAUCUCUUCGAUUAAGAACUACCAUGUGGUGGCUCACAUCAACGAGAAGGAGACCCCUAUGGAUGGGGUCAAGAACGAUGACAUCACGUUGUUGUACAAGGUGGAGCCGGGCAUCUCCGAUCAGUCGUUUGGUAUCCACGUCGCGGAGUUGGUCAAGUUCCCUACCAAAAUCGUGAACAUGGCCAAGCGGAAGGCCUCGGAGUUGGAAGACUACGUCAACGGAGACAUCAGCGACGCCCGGCAGCGCGAAGAGGACCCUUAUAUCAAGGACAAGAAGACCAAAUGCAGCCCUGCGGAAAUUUCCAAGGGCGAGGCCGCAUUGAAGGAGAUCUUGAUCGCUUGGAAGGCUCAGGUGGGAGAGUCCUACACCAGCGCCGAGGCCGUCCAGGUCUUGAAAGAGGUAUUCGAGGCUCGUAGGGAGGAAGCAGAAAACAAUAAGUUUCUUCAGGAGAUUGUCUCCAUGCUUUAGUAUAUGUGUGUUUAUUUUAUGAUAGUAACUGGUAUAUUCGUUCG